UAAACACCAUCACCCCCCUCUAACUUUCAUCACCAAUCCAAAGCACCUCAACUAUGACAUCCUUAAACUCUAUUAUGCUCUCAUUUUUCAUAGUCUUAUUGUCAUGUUCCUCAUAUGUUCUUUCAGAUACAACUAACGAAAAGUUCUACCAAUGUAUUUGCCAAAAUUCUGAUUAUUGUGUCCCUUUUUCUACCGCUUUCGUCACCCCAACAAAUGCUUCUUUCACCACAAUCUUACAAUCCACAGCACAAAAUCUGAGGUGUUUAGUGCCCUCUGUUCCAAAACCGCAGCUUAUUUUCACACCAAUGGCAGAAUCCCAUGUCCAGGCUGCAGUCAUUUGCUCAAAACAGCUAGGCCUUCAGCUUAGAGUUCGAAGUGGAGGCCAUGAUUAUGAAGGUCUGUCUUACAUUUCUGAGAUGGAGCCUCCUUUCAUCAUUCUUGAUCUCUCGAAGCUCCGAGAAAUCACUGUGAACACAGAGGACAACUAUGCUUGGGCUCAGGCAGGGGCAACUCUUGGUGAAGUGUACUAUAGGAUUUCAGAGAAAAGCAAGACUCAUGGUUUUCCAGCUGGUCUUUGUACAAGUUUGGGAAUUGGUGGUCACAUAACAGGUGGAGCUUAUGGUACUAUGAUGAGAAAAUAUGGAUUAGGAGCUGAUAAUGUGGUUGAUGCAAGAAUUGUUGAUGUAAAAGGCAGGAUUCUUGAUAGGCAGAGUAUGGGGGAAGACUUGUUUUGGGCAAUUAGAGGAGGUGGAGGAGCUAGUUUUGGUAUUAUACUUUCUUGGAAGUUAAGGUUAGUCCCUGUCCCAUCUAUUGUAACAGUUUUUACUGUCCCAAAAACACUGGAACAAAAUGGGACGAAAAUUCUUUACAAAUGGCAACAAGUUGCUGACAAGAUUGAUGAAAAUCUCUUCAUUAGGGUCAUCAUAAGUGUGGUUGACAAGAAAGAUAAAAAGGGUGAAAAGACUAUUCAAACUGCUUAUAACUCAUUGUUCCUUGGUAGAGCUGACAGACUUGUACAAAUAAUGAAUGAAGAAUUUCCUGAAUUGGGAUUGACACAAAAGGAUUGUACAGAAGUGAGUUGGAUUAAGUCAAUUAUGUAUAUCGCUGGUUACCCAAGUAAUACCCCACUAGAAGUACUCCUUCAAGGAAAGUCUUUGUUCAAGAAUUACUUCAAAGCAAAAUCAGAUUUUGUGAAAGAGCCAAUUCCAGAAGAUGGUCUUGAAGGGCUAUGGAAAAGGCUCAUGGAAGAAGACUCACCAUUGGUCAUAUGGAAUCCAUAUGGCGGAAUGAUGGCUAAAUUUUCUGAAUCUGAAACCCCUUUUCCUCAUAGAAAAGGUGUCAGUUACAUGAUUCAAUAUUUAACACUUUGGAAUGACCCUGCUAAAGAAUCAGCCACAAAGCACUAUGAUUGGAUCAGAAGACUUUAUAAUUAUAUGACCCCUUAUGCUUCUAUGUUCCCUAGACAAGCUUAUGUGAAUUACAGAGAUCUUGAUUUAGGGAUGAACAAGAAUGGGAGUUCUAGCUUUAUAGAAGCUAGUUCGUGGGGAAACAAGUAUUACAAGGACAAUUUCAAUAGGCUAGUGAAAGUGAAAACUAAGGUGGAUCCAGAGAACUUCUUCUUGCAUGAACAGAGUAUCCCAACACUUCCUAUAACAAGGAAGGGAAAGGGGAAGAGUAUGAAUCAAUAAAGAAGAGCUUCUAGUGCUAAUCCAUUUGAAAUAUAAUAUGAUGCAUUAUUUAACUUUCUUAAUUUUUGCAAAGUUCUAUAACGUUCAAAUGGUUUUGACAAACCAUAUGUAGUAGUAUUUCUAGUGUCUUGGUGGGAAGAAUCAAUUGCCUUUUAUUUGCUUUGGAGUG